AAAGCGCGCACGUUGAGCCGGCUUUGCUGCUGCUUCUCUCAGGCAACCCUCUGACCAUGUCUUCAAAGAAGAAUAGAAAGCGGCUGAACCGAAGCGGAGAGAAUGGUUCGCUCUCGCCCUCCGCUGCUCCCGCGGCUGCGGGGGCCUCGGCUCCUUCUGCUGGGCCAGGCAUCACGGCGGUGGCCGGGACUCUGGUGGUGACCAACUUCUUAGAAAAGGAUGAUAAAGUUCCUAAAACAUUUCAGAAUUCUCUUGUUCAACUUGGACUCAACACUAUGAAGUCUGCAAAUAUAUGUAUAGGUCGACCAGUGUUGCUUACCAGUUUGGAUGGGAAGCAAGAGGUCUAUACAGCCUGGCCUGUGUCAGGAUUUCCUGGAGGCAAGGUUGGCCUGAGUGAAAUGGCGCAGAAGAAUGUAGGUGUGAGGAUUGGUGAUGCCAUCCAGGUCCAGCCUCUUUUAGGUGCUGUGCUACAGGCUGAGGAAAUGGACGUGGCACUCAGUUGUAAAGAAAGGAGUAGAUUACCUGACAAAAAUGUGGAUAUUAAUGAAGAACAGCUGACUGCUUGUCUUCUGAGAAAACUAGAUGGCAAGAUUGUUUUACCAGGCAACUUUUUGUAUUGUACAUUCUAUGGACGACCGUGCAAGUUGCAAGUGUUGCAAGUGAAAGGGGCAGACGGCAUGAUAUUGAGAAAGCCUCAGAGUGACUCUGACACUGAUGCCCAAGGAAUGGCCUGUAAAUUGUCCAGCACAGAAACCAGUACCCUGGAUAUAUCCAUACAGCUAAGCCAAUUAGAUCUGGAAGAGCCCCAGGACCCAACAUCAAGCAGUACUCCUUGCAAACCAGUAGAUGACAGAAUGAUAAAUAAAGCUGGUGACAUUUUGUCAGAUGUUACACAGAGUCCUGGGGACGAUGGUGAACUUGGAUUAGAGGAAGUCACAGGCCUUACAUGUAGUUUUGAGUCUGCCAGAGAAGGAAAUGAACAACUUAUCAGUAAAGAGAGCUUGCUGAAGUCAGCUAGCUUGGGAGCAAAGUGCAACACUGAUACUUUUUACUUUAUUUCUUCAACAACGAGAGUCAAUUUUACGAAGAUUCGUACAAAUUCAAAAGAGCAAGACAACCAAUUCAAAGUAACUUACGACAUGAUAGGAGGCUUAAAUAGUCAGCUGAAGGCAAUUAGAGAAAUAAUUGAAUUGCCCCUCAAACAGCCUAAACUUUUCAAGAGCUAUGGAAUUCCUCCCCCUAGGGGAGUGUUACUCUAUGGUCCUCCAGGUACUGGAAAGACAAUGAUUGCCAGGGCUGUUGCUAAUGAAGUCGGAGCCUAUGUUUCUAUAAUUAAUGGUCCUGAAAUUAUAAGCAAAUUCUACGGGGAGACUGAAGCAAGGUUACGUCAGAUAUUUGCUGAAGCCACUCUGCGGCACCCUUCAAUUAUUUUUAUUGAUGAGCUGGAUGCACUUUGCCCUAAAAGAGAAGGGGCUCAGAAUGAAGUGGAAAAAAGAGUUGUCGCUUCCCUCUUAACACUGAUGGAUGGUAUUGGUUCAGAAGGAAGUGAAGGACAGGUAUUGGUCCUUGGGGCCACAAAUCGCCCUCAUGCUUUGGAUGCCGCACUCCGAAGACCUGGACGAUUUGAUAAAGAGAUUGAAAUUGGAGUUCCUAAUGCUCAGGACCGGCUAGAUAUCCUCCAGAAACUGCUGCAAAGAGUUCCCCAUUUGCUCACUGAAGGUGAACUGCUACAGCUGGCAAAUAGUGCUCAUGGAUAUGUUGGAGCAGACUUGAAAGCUUUGUGUAAUGAAGCAGGUCUCUAUGCCUUGCGGAGAGUCCUGAAGAAACAGCCUAACCUCCCUGACAGCAAGGUGGCUGGAGUGGUGAAGAUUACUCUGAGUGAUUUCUUACACGGCAUGAAUGACAUCAGGCCCAGUGCCAUGAGGGAGGUAGCAAUUGAUGUCCCAAAUGUAUCCUGGUCAGAUAUAGGAGGAGUGGAAAAUAUCAAACUGAAAUUGAAACAGGCUGUGGAAUGGCCCUUGAAACAUCCAGAGUCUUUCACCCGAAUGGGUAUCCAGCCACCUAAAGGAGUUCUUCUGUAUGGGCCACCUGGAUGCUCUAAAACAAUGAUUGCAAAGGCUUUGGCCAAUGAGAGUGGACUGAAUUUCCUAGCUAUAAAGGGGCCUGAAUUAAUGAAUAAAUAUGUUGGUGAAUCUGAAAGAGCAAUUAGAGAGAUCUUCCGAAAAGCAAGAGUGGUGGCUCCUUCCAUCAUUUUCUUUGACGAACUUGAUGCCUUAGCAGUUGAAAGGGGCAGUUCUUCAGGUGCUGGGAAUGUAGCUGAUCGUGUUUUGGCUCAGCUCUUAACAGAAAUGGAUGGCAUUGAACAGUUAAAGGAUGUGACAAUUUUGGCAGCUACUAACCGCCCAGAUAGGAUAGACAAGGCUUUGAUGCGGCCUGGAAGAAUUGAUAGAAUCAUCUAUGUGCCUUUACCAGAUGCAGCAACAAGAAGGGAAAUAUUUAACCUCCAGUUUCACGCUAUGCCAAUCAGUAAUGAGGUUGAUCUCGAUGAACUCAUCCUCCAAACAGAUUCGUAUUCAGGAGCAGAGAUUAUAGCUGUCUGUAGAGAGGCAGCCCUUCUGACUCUGGAAGAAGACAUUCAAGCCAGGUGCAUUAUGAGAAGACAUUUUACUCAGGCCUUGAGCACUGUGACACCCAGAAUUCCUGAAUCAUUGAAACGUUUCUAUGAAGAUUAUCAAGAGAAGAGUGGGCUACAUACACUCUGAGAAAAUAUACGUAUUCGUUAUGCUAAAAAUGCUUUCUAGAGAAAACUUGUUUCUUUUUUAAAUUUUGUCUUGAGAAUGUCAAAAAAAUCCUUAAUAAGCAAAGUGUUUGAAAUAUGUUGACUGGAAUGGAGGGGCUUUAGUUCUUCUAGACAUUUUAAAACAUAUGAAUACGAUGAAAAUCUCUGGGCAUGUGUUUAAAUCAGUUUUAUCUGGAAAUGUGUGCUGAGUUUUAAAAAGCAAACUUUUAGCUUUUUCAUUUUUGACCUGGUUCAUUCAUCCCAUGAAAUGCUUUCCUUACUCCAGAAGCCAUUUCAGGGCAUUCCUAAAUGCCAAACCUGUGGGCAUCAGCUUUAUACAAGAACAUAGAAAAUGCAUGUAGAUGAAUGUAUGGUAAAAAAUAUUUACAAAUCUUUAUUUUUGGAGGCCAGCCAAUGAGAUGGCCAAAUGCACCAGCCAGGCUUAUGUGGCCUUCUUUCCAAAUACGUACUUGUUAUAAUUCACACCUCCAUUUUCACUUUAGCCUUCUUAACCUGUACUUGUGGCAAUUAAAAAAAAGGAAUUGAGUUAUUUCAUAUACUAUAAUGCCCUUAUGAAAGUUUAAAAAAUUGGAAAUAUAAGCCCAGUCCAGGCCUAGAGCAGUAGACUUGGUUUUUUUCAUAGAAUGCCAUAAAUAAAUCAUAUGAAGUGUUUCAUGUUUUAGCUUGUACACAUUUUCAGGUUACCAAUAAACUUUUUCAGUUCAAAGA